ACAAGGCAAGGGGUUCCUGGAGUGGCAUGCGGUGCACGCUUCAUGGCUGGUUUCAAGCUUCCUGGCCCAGAGCCAGCGCAGAUUCUGGAGGGCCACGAAGGGGCAGUUUUAGCCUUGUCAUGGACCAAAAACGGUCAGUACAUCAUGACAGCCUCACAGGACAAGUCUGUGAGACUUUGGAAUCCGCAUAGUGGCAAGCACAUCAAGAAGUUUGCUGGCUGCCACAACCAGGAGGUAAACGAUGUCUUGAUCGCAGCAGACAACAGCAAGUUCGUAUCAUGCGGUUCUGACAAACUUAUAUUCCAAUGGGAUGUGACCUCUGGCCAGGUGGUGCGGAAAUUUUCUGGGCACGACCGAAAGGUGAACGCCCUAGCGUUUGGCCCGAAGGAGGAGGUGUUGUUGAGUGCUUCCCACGACAAGACUGUGCGCAUUUGGGACCUGCGAGCACGCAGCAACAAGCCGAUCCAGGUCUUGACUGGUGCUGCCGACUCCGUUCUUUGCUUGAUGACGCACCGUGAUGAGAUCAUGACGGGCAGUGCAGAUGGCGGCCUACGUAGCUAUGAUGUUCGCCAGGGUCAGCUGGUCACGGACCAGUUGCUGCAGCCCAUCGGCAGCAUUUCGGUCUCCAAUGAUGGUCAGUGCCUUUUGGUCUCCACCCUGGACAACCAGAUUCGUUUGUUGGAGCAUUCGGACGGCUCUGAGCUCACAUCGUACUUUGGACAUACGAACAAGCGAGUGAAAGUGAGAAGCACUUUAGAUCCAACAGACUCCUUCGUGGUGAGUGGUUCUGAGGAUGGUUGCCUGCACUUUUGGGAGUUGGUUGAAGCCACUCCAUUGAGCGGUGGGCAAGGCGGGCAGCAAGGCCAUGCUGCAGCCGUGCUUUGCGUGGCCUUCUACGAAGAAACCUUGGUCAGUGCUUCUGCCGAUGGUGUAGUCAAAGUGUGGCGACCACCUAGUGGUUGCUGAGAAGCACUAUGCAAGGCUGCAGAGCCCGUGCCAGUGUGAGA